AUGGGUCUGUGCAGCAGUGAAUGGCUCCCUGUCAGCACAGCAGGCUCCCAGCUGCAGAUCUACACCCCCCCGUCCUCCCAGGCCCCGCUGGGCUCUGGGGCGCUGCUGAAAUGCCGGUUCAGCAUUGGGGAGCAGAUUGACCUGAGCUCCCUGCGGGUUCAGUGGUAUUUCUCAGGGCGCCGGAUACUGGAGUACCCCCCGGGGCAGGGGGAUCCCCAGCCCGGAGCCAGCAUCUCGGAACAGGAGCUAAGGAACGGGAACGCCUCGCUGUCGCUGGCCAGAGUGACGCCGUUUGACCAGGGGCCCUAUAAAUGUGUCGUCGGGUACGGCGUGGAGGAGCUGCAGAGUGAGACGACCCUCAGCGUGGCCGCGGCUCCGAGAAUCUCCAUCCCCCGGCGAUCGGCCAGGAAAGAUACUGAGAGCUUUUUCCUGUGCCACGUGUGGGGAUUCUACCCCGGGGACGUCACCGUCACGUGGCUGAGAGACGGGCGGGUUCUGACCGACGCCACCCGCUCUGCCCCCCAGAGGAACCCGGACGGGACCUUUAACCUCACCCUGACCUACACCUUCACCCCCACCGCGAGCGACUCCGGCAGCAACUUCUCCUGCCACGUCACCCACGCGGCUCUGGCCCAGCCCCUGCAGGAGGAGUUCCCCCUGGAUGUCACAGCUGCUCCCAGACUCUCCAUCCCCCAGCGAUCGGCCGGGACAGACACAGCGACCUCCUUCCCCUGCCACGUGUGGGGAUUCUACCCCCAGGACAUCGCCGUCACGUGGCUGAGAGACGGGCGGGUUCUGACCGACGCCACCCGCUCUGCCCCCCAGAGGAACCCGGACGGGACCUUUAACCUCACCCUGACCUACACAUUCACCCCCACCGUGAGUGACUCCGGCAGCAUCUUCUCCUGUCACGUCAGCCACGCGGCUCUGGCCCAGCCCCUGCGGGAGGAGUUCCCCCUGGAUGUCACAGAGGCGCAUGGUUCCACCACGGCGCUCACAGCAGUGCUGGGGAUCUCGGUAACACUGGCCAUGGUGACGACAGCGUUAGCCACUUACUUCUGGUGCCGAUGGAAAGGCCGCUGUGCCCCCACCAGCACUGAUGGGAAAGUUCCCUACUCCGACUCUGAGGUACCAGAUGGGAAAGUCUCCAAAUCCGUCUCUGAGGUGCUGGUGCCGGGCGAUGCCAUGGAGGGGACAUUCCCCGAGGACACGGCUGUGACAUGGGAGCGGAUACACGGACAGGACAGGACGCUGAUCGGGACUGACGGGGUCACCCCAGCGCUGGAGAGCGACACAGGAGAGAUCACGGACCUGCCUCAUGGAUAA